GCUAACGGCUCACUAGCUCCAUUGAUCACACACACAAACAGGGUUAGCCGAGUUCCUCCUCCUGCUACCCCGCCACCAAACUCAGAUGUUUUGGUUCCACAGGUUUCUCCUGAGUCAUGAGCAGCACAAUGUUUCAGCUGAGGUCGUUCGUCCAUCAGCGGCUGUACGCAGCAGCAGAGGAGAUCCUGGGAGAGGUGGAGAAGACCAUCUCGUUAGCUCUGUACGAAGCUGAAGUUAGUCGAUCUCAAGAGGAGGUGGAGAGUCUGAGACACCAACUGGACCUGCUGCAAAAGAAACAAGGUGAGGGACUCUGGUUUACAAUGUUAUAUUUGUAUUUUGUCUCGUUUUGAUGGAGACUGACCACUGAAAGCUUUGGUAGAUUAAACAUCUUACAACUAUCAGAUGUUUGCGCAUGCGUGCAAUCUCAGGCUCACCAUUUGAAGUGCUCAAACGUUUUAAUAUUGUACGUUCAGAGGCGGCCCAAGCCUCAAUGGGGCCCCAAGCAAAAUUUGAUUUUGGGGGCCUCUAUUUCUGCCAAUAGUAUUGAUUGUUGAUCAUUCACACACCUACUACAGUAUAAAUUUAACACAACUGACAUGUUUUUACACAUUUAAGGGGGUGGCCUAGGUAAUAACACAAAUAAAAAUCGAGAAAAUGGACAAUAUCAUAGAAUCGCAAUUUAAAUCGAAUCAGCAUCCAAAAAAUCGUAGAAGAAUCGAAUCGGGAGAAAAGCUUAUCAUCGCAGCCCUACAUUUUACUGUUUGUUCCAGAAGUGGUACCUUCACCCUUAAACCUGCCAGGUUUUAACAGUUUCAAAAUUAGAGGAGCAACAAUGCUUAAUGGGGACAUGCUGCUUUACUUUAUCUUCUUUUGCAUUUAUAGCAGUGGGGCCUUCACUGACCAGCAACUCUGUAAGGUGCAGAGACAAAUGUGAUACCUCAUUUCUACAGGAGAACCCAGGACCCUCAACCCCGGAUGACUGCAACUUCAGUCUGAGCACUGAGACACCAGGACCAUCUCAAAGUAGCAAAGACGAGGACCAAGACAAUAAUAACUGGAACUUUAGUUUGGACGAGAUUGACUUCAAAGUGUCUGACAUUAAAGAAGAGCAGGAGGAAUGUAAGGAGAUUGAUUUUCUCACUGCAGAAAUUGUGAAAAGUGAGCCAGAGGAUCAAGUCUCCUGUGAUUUGCAUCCAAUUUGUGAACCUCAGAGGGAGGUUGACGACAGCGGUGAGGUGUUUGUGAACAACAAAGGAGAGCAGACCAAAUCAUUGGAGGGGAAAGUGCAGGUACAAAGUGGCGGCAUUAAUAAGAAGAAUCAGCAGGUUUUACCUCAUGACAGCCAGUCUGCUAAAAACGAAAAGGGACGCAGUUUUUGCCAUUUGUGUGGCAAAGGCUUUCAGUACAUCGGCUCUUUGAUGAAGCACAUAAAAGCUCAUGAGAACAAAAAUGACUGCACUAUCUGCGGGGUUUUAUGUCAGUCCACAGAGGAGCUCAUAAAUCAUUUAAAAGUUUGUCACAACAAAACAUAUUUUUGUCACAUUUGUGGCAAAACUUUUGCAAAUGAACGUUGUGUCCGGCUGCAUGAAAAAAUACACGCAGGCAUCAGAGAGUUUAUGUGUCAAGAAUGUGGAAAAACUUUUCACAGAAGAGAACAUCUGGUUGUGCAUGUGAGGACCCACUCUGGUGAGAAACCGUAUCACUGUGACAUCUGUGGAAAAGCCUUCAGUCAGAGCCAGAACCUCACAAUUCAUAAAAGAGGUCAUUCAGGGGAGAGGCCGUAUCAUUGUGUCCUGUGCGGGAAACUUUUCAACACAAGCAGUCACCUCAAGAUACACAUGAGAUACCAUUCAGGAGAGAAACCGUACCCCUGUGACGUUUGUGGCAAACGUUUCCGUCAGAGUGGACAGAUGACGAGGCACAGGACGACGCAUACGGGAGAGAGGCCGUACGCCUGCCAUGUUUGUGGAAUGAGAUACAGGUUUGCACCCAAUCUAAAGGUGCACAUGCAAACUCAUGAGCAGGCUGCUGAUUAAAAACAAGACAGACCAUUUCACAGUCAAACAAGAAAAGAUAUGCAUCUGCAGUUUCACAACAUAUCAUAGUUUGCAUAAGAUUGCCAACAAUUUCCAGUAGUAUGUGUUUACAGAGGGAGAGGCAGCAUGUUCAGAACUCUUUGUCACCUUUUAUUUAUCUUCAAAUCAAAGUUUAGGAUCCCAAAGUUGUUAGUUGUUCCACUGUUAAAGUCUCUGAUGUCCACACUUGUAUUUUAAAUGUUGCUGUAACUGACUUGACCUCCAGUUCAGAAAGUUCUGCUUGGAUUUACAUGUGAAUGUUGUCACCAAUCAUCAUAGACUUAAGACUAAACAAGUCGUUGUCCAUCUGUGUGUAUUCGUACACUGAUCCAAACUUAGCUGGUAGCGUUGAACUGAAUCUAUAUGAGGCGUUAUGUCUGCUAAGAAACUAUUUGUCUCCCUUCUUCAACUCACAAACACAUCCUUGAUGAAAUGUUAUUUUCCUAUAAACUUUGUUCACUUUGAAAAGCAGCUGAAUUCUUCUUUGCCUGAUAUCAAAGUAGCCUCACAAUCUUAUGGUUUUGACCUGUUUAUAAGAGUCACAUUGCUGUAAAAUGUUGGUACCCAUCAAGAACUAAGCAGACCUCUGGAAGUAUGGGCUUUUACUUGACCAUCCAUGAGCAUUAUUGUGUCCAACACAUUUGCAUUUUCUCUGGGUAAUGUCUUCCUGAAAUCCAAGUCUCAUUUUGAGGACAAUAAAGUUUAAUAUUCUGACAGCA